CUUCUCUUUUCCCCUCCACUUCUCUCUAUAUGUUGAGAUUUGCGCGCCGUUACGCGACAGGGGUCGAUGCCCACAAAUACUCCUCAACGCUUCGUUUACCCACGACCACCUUCCCUUCCAAGCCAGACACCAUCACUUACAUCCCCCAGUGCUCCACGGAGUUGUACGAGUGGCAGGAACGGCUCCCGAUCGAGCCAGACGGGUCAAACCUCUUUGUGUUUCACGAUGGGCCGCCGUAUGCGAACGGGGAUCUUCAUCUCGGUCACUCUCUUAACAAGGUGCUCAAGGACACGAUCAACCGGUGGCAGUUGAUGCGCUACAACAAACGCGUGUUUUACCGCGCGGGCUGGGAUUGCCACGGAUUACCGAUCGAGAUGAAGGCACUCGAAGCGCUCAAGAAACGCAAGGUGAAGGCAUCGGACAUGACAGCUGUGCAGAUCCGUCACCACUGCGAACAGCUCGCGCGCGCAACCAUUGAGGUCCAGAAGGCACAGUUCCAGCAGUUAGGGAUCAUGGCAGAUUUUAAGACUCCAUACAUCACACUAAACCCGGGGUAUGAGGCGGACCAGUUGGAUAUUUUCGCCCUGUUAUAUGAAAAGGGCUUGGUUUCACGCCAGGAGAAGCCCGUGUUCUGGAGUUGCGAGACCCACACGGCGCUAGCCGAGGGUGAGCUCGAAUACAACGAGGCCCACAAGUCUAAGACGACGUACCUCGUAUUUCCGAUUAAAAAAGUUACGCCAGAGUUGCAAGCGGUGUUGGAAAAGCACCAGAUCCCACAGGAAACGCUCAGCGCGUUGAUAUGGACGUCAACACCAUGGACAAUAGCCGCAAACCAGGCUAUUUGUGUUAAUGCCAACUUCGAUUACGGUAUUGUGAGAACCCUUCGGGGUAAUUUAAUUGUUGCCAAGGCGCUUAUCGAGCAGGUUGCAGAGCUUUCUUCCGACACCUCCAUCUUAGACAUUACCAUUCCGGGUACUGCGUUGGUCGCUGCCACCUACACCAACCCCAUCAUUCUUUCCAGCGAGUUUCCCAUCCUUCACGGUGAACACGUAACCGACUCUACCGGUACUGGCUUGGUUCAUACGGCGCCAGGUCACGGUAAUGACGACUACUUCGUCGGGCUAGCUAACAGCCUCCCUAUCCACUCACCAGUGAACAACUACGGGCAGUACACGGCUGCACUUCCUGCAGGUUUUGAGCCGCUCUUAGGACUCAAGGUCUUGAAGGAGGGUACCGCCAAGAUGCUCGAGAUGCUAGAAGAAGCCAAGAUGGUCUACCAUCGCAAUGACGGGUAUGUCCAUUCCUACCCGUACGAUUGGAGAUCAAAACAGCCCAUCAUCAUCCGAGCUACCCCGCAAUGGUUCAUCAAUGUGGAUCGAAUCAAAGAUCAAGCGAUGCGUGCAUUGGAACACGUGGAGUUCAAACCGCCUCAUGCGCGCAAACGCUUACAGGCCUUUGUGGGCAACCGAGCGGAAUGGUGCAUUUCACGCCAGCGCUCGUGGGGUGUUCCGCUCCCGAUGGUGUACCACAAGUCCACCGGGGCGCCGCUCUUGGAGCUCGAGGUGGUUAAGUACACAAUUGAGCAGAUCAAGAAACUCGGGACGAACGAGUGGUUUGCUGAAGAUUCCAUGAAGCGUUGGCUUCCAGAGCAUCUCCAUCCAGAAGCGGACGAUUACUUUAAGGGGAAGGACACUAUGGACGUGUGGUUCGACUCGGGGUCGUCGUGGAAGGUUGUAGAGACGUUUUUGAAGGAGAAUAACAUCUUGGACCCGGCCAAGAUCUAUGCGGAUAUCUAUCUCGAGGGCUCAGACCAGCACAGAGGCUGGUUCCAAUCGUCGUUACUCACUAGAAUCGCGGCUGGGAGCACGCUUCCUCCAUACAAGCAGAUUGUGACCCAUGGGUUUACGGUCGACGGAAAAGGGGCAAAGAUGUCGAAAUCGUUGGGGAAUAUCAUCACACCUGAGACGAUCAUCCACGGGGGCCACACCAAAUCUCAUGGCCAUAUCAAGGCAAUUGGGGUAGACGGGUUGCGUUUGAUGAUCGCCAACUCAGACUACACCCGCGAUAUGGUGAUCAACCUGUUUGGCUUGAAGCACGCGGGCGAGAGUUUGCGCAAGUACCGCUUCACGUUAAAGUUCUUGCUCGGUAACUUGAACGGCUUCCGGGUUGAGGACAUGGUGGAUGUGACGCAGCUUCUGCCGUUGGACCGCUACGUGAUGUCGAAACUCCAUACGCUCCAGACGACAUGUGCACUGUUGUACGACGAGCACGACUUUUCCAAGGUCCAGCAGGAAAUGACCCGUCAUAUGGCCCAGGACUUGAGUGCCACCUACUUUGAUAUCAUCAAGGAUACAAUGUAUCUGGAAGACCCAGUUUCUGUACAGAGACGAGCCAUCCAGACGACGCUCGUACACAUCUACAAGACAUACGUAUCGUUGUUGUCACCAAUCAUGCCCGCUCUCACGCACGAGUGUUGGCAACACUCUCCGGUGCAUGUCACUCAAGGUGCCAGAUCACCGUUCAUGCUCAAUAAUUGGGCGCAGUUUGCGGUGCCAGAGACGUAUAAAGACGCUGACAUCGAGCACAGAUUCGAUUCCGUCGUAUGGAAGGUCAGAAAAGAGGUCAAUCGCUUAAGCGAGCUUGGUAGAAAGAAAAACGAUGGGGUGGUACAGCAUUCGCAGAAGUGCGAUCUCCAUGUGAUGACCGCUACUCCGGAAUUACUCGACGGCACUACCGCCGCUUACUUCGGUGUCGCCAAGGUCUAUGUCAAUCAGCGGGCAGUGACUGGUGAAUACUCCAGCGAGCUUUUGUUGGACGGAGGAAAGAUGGAGGUCAGUCUUGUUCCGUCCACUAUGCACAGCUGCCCGAGAUGCUGGAACUACACCGCCGAGAAGGAGGAUCAUUUGUGUGGGAGAUGCGAAGGGGUGUUGAGGCUUAGCCAGUAGGUAAUGGGUAGCCAUCGAGGUGACAUGUAUAUAGUAAUGAAUAAUUGAAGACAAGCAUAGAUAGGAUACC